AUGCGGCGUCCCAGUGCGCUGGCGGUGACCUCUCAGCGCCGGCGAUGUGUGCCUCUGCUGCUGGUCUGUCUGCCGCUGGGCGCAGUGCCCGUCUGGCUGUGCAUGUACCGCCAGCUGGCUGAGCAGCACUCCCCGGCGCCAUCCGGCACAGGGGGCGGUGACACUGCGGAGACGCUGGUGGUUCCCGUCGGCCGGCUGGUGGAGCCGUCGCUGCCGGCACAGUCGUGGUUCGCCGGUGACCCGAGCUGCGCCCACCUGGUGACACAGUUCGGCCGGCCGGGCAGCCUGCCGGACGCCCGGAUCGCCUCGUUUCCCCGCUCGGGCAACACGUGGGUGCGCUACCUGCUGGAGGCCGCCACCGGUCUGGUCACCUGCGGACCGACCUUUGACAGUGAGGCCACCGAGCGGCGGCCGGUGGGGGCGCUGCCGGCCGUGGCCGACGUGACCGCCUACCGGAAACGGUCGCUCUCCACGUCGGCCGAGCUGAGCGCCGCCGGUUUCAUCGCCGAGCACGUGUCGCCGCUGACACGCACCUGCCUGGCCGCCAAGACGCACGUGUUCCCACCCGUCUGGCGGCGCGUGGACGGGCCCGGCGACGGGCGCACCGCCGCGGAGCAGUCGGCAUCGGGCUCCAGCAACGGGACGUCCGGCAACGAGACGGCCACCGGCUACCCGCUGCCGGCGAUCCUGCUGGUGCGCGACCCGUUCCCAGCCAUCAUUGCGCUGCGACACCUGCUCAGUACCAACAGCAUACGGGCGCGCGCCGGCGCCGCCAGCUUCUCGGGCGCCGAGUGGCGGCGGUUCGUGGAGCAGCAGAGCCAGUACUGGCUCGAGCUGGCCGACGAGUGGGCCGAGGGGCCGCGGCACACGCUGCUGGUGCCCUUCGAGCGGCUGGUGGCCGAGCCGGCCGUCCAGCUGCGCCGCAUACUGCGCUUCCUGGGCGUGACCCCGGCGCCAGAGAGACUCGGCUGCGCGCUGAGACACAAGGAGGGCGCCUUCAGGAACACUGAGCACCCUGUGCUGCCCAGGGAGGAGGUCUAUGAUGCCGAUAUGCGCCGGAUGGUUUGGUCCAGGAUUCGGCUGCUAGAUGACACGCUAUCAAGUCGCGGCUACCGUCAGCUUCCAUUACAGCUGUAUUCGUUCUACAAAAGGACUAGAAAAUGAUGCUCCUGA